AUGGGCUUCAGCUGCUGCUCCAGAAACUUCUCCUCCCGCUCCCUUGGGGGCUACCUGCGGUACCCAAGUUCUUUCUACCCCAGCAACCUGGUCUACCGCACUGACCUCUGCUCUCCCAGCCCCUGCCAGCUGGGAUCCUCUCUCUACAGCAGCUGUCAGGAGACCUGCUGUGAGCCCACCAGCUGCCGGACGUCCUGCGUGGUGUCCAGCCCCUGCCAGAUGUCCUGCUCCCGCCCAAGGACCUCCACACUCUGCAGUCCCUGCUGGAUGACUUAUGCUGGGCCCAGAGGCUUCAGACCCCAGGGUUAUGGAGUCCGUGGCUUCCCCACCUUGAGCUAUGGAUCCAUAUUCUGCCACCCAACCUAUUUUGGUUUUCGGCAUCUCUAGCCAUUUUGCUACAA